GUCGCAGACUCAGCAUCACCGCUUCUCUGCCCUCGCUUUCUCCUUUUCUCCUCCCUCGGCAUCCCCGCUUUUCUUCCCUCGGCGUCUCCGCUUCUCAUCCCUCGCCGGUCUCAUCGUCUCUCGGUAGAAGACUUUGUAUCUGGAGCUCUAGAUGCCAGGAGGAAAUAACGCAGGAAUUUCGAUAACUACUGAAGUAAAAUAUCAAGGAACUUGGUACUAAACAGUUCAUAAAAUCUAAAACAGGGUUUUACUCUUCCACCUCAAUUCACUCUUCCCAAGAUACAAGUAUACACUCCAUUUUUGCCACUUUGGUGAACCAUUCUUUGUUCCUCCAGACCUCCACACAUAAUGGCACCUACUAAUUCCCCUUCUGCCAUGGAAAAAGAUCAGAUAUUUGGGAUGGCAGAGAAAGAGAUGGAGUACAGGGUGGAAUUGUUUAACAAGCUUACCCAUACAUGUUUCAAAAAGUGCAUUGAGAACAAGUAUAAGGAAUCUGAGUUGAACAUGGGUGAAAAUAGUUGCAUUGACCGCUGUGUUUCUAAAUACUGGCAGGUGACUAAUCUAGUUGGACAGCUUCUUGGUAGUGGUCGCCAUCCUAUGUAAGAGUUUGGUUCAACAUCUCUCCAUGGAUGAUAAGAAGAAGAAAAUAAGUACAACUGCGUUUUUCUCCACCCCCAUCUAUUUUGGCAUUUAGAAAACAACACUAUAAUUUGCAUCGACUUGAGAAAACCUCUUGAUAUUCUUUUACGCCUUCAUGUUUACUGACAGCAAGAUGCAACUUAUAACGGUUUCUCAAUCACCGAAUUAGUAAAAUGAGGUUUUGUGAGAGUGGUUGAGUAGAAUAAGUGAUUGAUUUUGUAGACCCAAAACAUAAAAAAUAUAGAACUAUGGACUAAGUAGUGAAGCAAAUGGAUUUGUUGGGUUUCUCAUGAAGAAAGUGAAUUGUAUUGUUAAAAAUUCUCUCUACUUUUAGAUGAUGAUAAGUAUAGUUUUAGAGAGUAAAA